GACAAGAACCCUGCCCUCAGGGGGCUUACCUUCUAGCAGACAGAGACGAACCAUGAAUGACAAACAUAAUAUGUAAGUACAUUAUACAGCAGUGCUGUCCGCCUGAAAUAUCAUGUGAGCCACGUAUGUAAUUUGAAAUUUUCUGGAAGUACCAUUUCAAAGGUAAAAAGAAAUGGAUGAAAUCAAUUUUUCUAAUUUUUAACAUAAAAAAUUUUUAAAUUUUACUUUAAAAUUUUUAAAUGUUCCUCAAUAUAUCCAAAACUUUAUCAUUUCAACCAGAAGGCGUUAGCCACAUUUCCAGUGCUCGGUAGCCACACGUGGCUAGUGGCUGCUGUGCUGGGCCGCGCAGUUGCCCAGCAUGUUAGAAGGUGUGUGCAGAAAUGAAGAUGUAAUUUGGGGUGAGGGGAGCUGGAGCACCAGGUGUGGGAGCGGACAGACUGAGAAGGUGGAUUUGAGCUGACGGAGAGCUCAGUUAUCAUUGUCAACCAGCUCCCUUUCCUCCCUGCUGGACUUGCCUGGCUGUGCGAGAGUUUUCUGGCCAAUAGCACCUUCACCCUUCCUCUGUCGCCAGCCGUGACCCUGGUUCUACAGACUCCUGACAGAUACGGAACUUUUGGACAUGCCCCAGCCUGGGGGGCGGCCCCUCAGCAUGACCCUGCCUACUCCAGGAAGUGGUGUGCGGCCUCUGUUCUGGGGGCUUAGGGCCACCGGAGGGGACACGUGCAGAAAUUUUAUCAAGGCUCUGGAGGAGGGAAGGGGUGGGUGGGGGUGUGAGGGACCAGCACUCACCCAGGGAUUAGGCUGGGAUUAGGGGGAGGGUAGUGAGGGCCGGAGCCUGUCUUUAUUUAAAAUGUUGAUAUUUUGUUCAUCACAGAAUUUUUGCAUUAAUUAAAAAAUAUUUUUUAUUGAUUGAUAUAUCAUAAAAUUCACCCUUUAAAAGUGCACAAUUCAGUCUUUUUUAGUAGAGUCACAGAGUUGGGUAACAUCACCUAAUCAAUUCUGGAACAUUUUCAUUAUCCCCAAAGUCACCCCAUACCUGUUAAGCAGCCACUCCCCGUUCCCCCUGCCCCCCACCCCCUGACAGCCACUCAUCUACUUUCUGUCUCUACGGACUUGCCCAUUCUGGACAUUUCAUGUAAAUGGACUCACAAUAUGUGGCCUUUUGUGUCUGGCUUAUUUCCCUCAGCAUAACAUCUUCGAGGUUCAUCCACGUUGUAGCACGGAUCAGUACUGCCUUCCUUUUUAUGGCCGAAUAAGGCACCAUUGCAUGGAUAGCCCACAUUUUAAUUAUCCAUUCAUCUGUUGAUAUUUAUGUUUUUUCUACUUUUUGGCUAUUGUGAAUAAUGCUGCUAUGAACAUUCAUGUGCAAAUUUCUGUGGGAGCGUAUGUUUUUAAUUCUUUUGGGUUUUGCAUUCAUUUAGAUUUUUUAAUAUAGUGUAUCAAAGUAUUUUUCUCGAUUACUGAGUUUUUUGGCACCCCCUUAAAAUUCACCCCUGAGUCGAGUGCCUGACCUGGCCUCACCCUGUUCCCAUCCUGCCUCUUGCCCCUUGCUAGCUGUGUGAUUUUGGGCAAGUUGCUUACCCUCUCAGGGCCUCAGUUUCCUCCUCUGUGAAAUGGGGAUAGUCCCUGUACCUACUCACAGCUGUUAGGGGACACAAUGAGCUCAUGACGCACGUUACAGAUGAGCACAUCCCUGGCACUCAGUAGACUUGUGCCAGUCAACAGUUCUUCUGAUGGGGAGGCCUGGUUCGGGGCCUGAGGGUGGGUCACAAGAUGGAUGUGACCUAGCCUUGCCCUUGAGGAGAGCUGGCCCACCUGCCUAGAAUGCCUUGCUGCUCCUGUUCCCCGGGUAAACAUGCUGUUUCUGCUCUCCUGCCUCGGCCUGACGCCCCUACAAGGUCCCGGGGGUGAGAUCUGGAGCUGCUCACCCGAAGGCCGCCUGGGCUCCCAGCACCUUCCAUCCCAGCUGCCCGGGCCCCCACCGCCGCCUCCCCCACCCUCCACUCUGCCCACUCCCACUGCAGGCCGCGGCUCCCGGCCCUGCGCGCUGCCAUGAGGCCUGCACUCUGCAGGGCUGAAGUCCAAAGUCCAGUGCCUUCGCUAAGCACACGGAUGAAUAUGAACCUUGGAGAAUUUCCCCAGCUCCAAUGUAAACAGAGCGGGCAGGGGCCCUGAUUCACUGGCCGCUGGGGCCAGCCUUGGGGGUUGGGGGUGCCCACAGGGCUUGGCUGGUGGGGUUUGGGGGGACAGUGGGUGCAAGGAGCCUGGUUGGUGCCUGCCUGCUGGCCGCCGGGCGAGGAGACGGCCCCCACGGUGGGGGAGGCGGCCAGCUCGGUGGCCCUGGGCCGCAUGGUCCAGGGGUGGUGGAGCCAUGGUUUCCAAACUGAGCCAGCUGCAGACGGAGCUCCUGGCCGCCCUGCUCGAGUCUGGCCUGAGCAAGGAGGCGCUGAUCCAGGCGUUGGGUGAGCCAGGGCCCUACCUGCUGGCUGGAGAUGGCCCCCUGGACAAGGGGGAGUCCUGCGGCGGAGGCCGAGGGGAGCUGGCCGAGCUGCCCAAUGGGCUUGGGGAGACGAGGGGCUCCGAGGACGAGACGGACGACGAUGGGGAAGACUUCACGCCACCCAUCCUCAAAGAGCUGGAGAACCUCAGCCCCGAGGAGGCGGCCCACCAGAAAGCCGUGGUGGAGACCCUGCUGCAGGAGGACCCGUGGCGCGUGGCGAAGAUGGUCAAGUCCUACCUGCAGCAGCAUAACAUCCCACAGCGGGAGGUGGUCGACACCACCGGCCUCAACCAGUCCCACCUGUCCCAGCACCUCAACAAGGGCACCCCCAUGAAGACGCAGAAGCGAGCCGCCCUGUACACCUGGUAUGUCCGCAAGCAGCGAGAGGUGGCCCAGCAGUUCACCCACGCAGGGCAGGGGGGGCUGAUUGAAGAGCCCACGGGCGAUGAGCUACCAACCAAGAAGGGGCGGAGAAAUCGUUUCAAAUGGGGCCCAGCAUCCCAGCAGAUCCUGUUCCAGGCCUACGAGAGGCAGAAGAACCCCAGCAAGGAGGAGCGAGAGGCGUUGGUGGAGGAGUGCAACAGGGCGGAGUGCAUCCAGAGGGGGGUGUCACCGUCGCAGGCACAGGGCCUGGGCUCCAACCUCGUCACGGAGGUGCGUGUCUACAACUGGUUUGCCAAUAGGCGCAAGGAAGAAGCCUUUCGGCACAAGCUGGCCAUGGACACAUACAGUGGGCCGCCACCGGGACCAGGCCCGGGCCCUGCGCUGCCUGCCCACAGCUCCCCGGGCCUGCCCCCACCUGCCCUCUCCCCUAGUAAGGUCCAUGGUGUGCGCUAUGGACAGCCUGCAACCAGUGAGGGGGCAGAAGUGCCCUCAAGCAGCGGCGGUCCCUUGGUGACAGUGUCUGCACCCCUGCACCAAGUGUCCCCUACAGGCCUGGAGCCCAGUCACAGCCUGCUGAGCACUGAAGCCAAGCUGGUCUCAGCAACUGGGGGCCCCCUGCCUCCUGUCAGCACCCUGACAGCACUGCACAGCUUGGAGCAGACAUCCCCAGGCCUCAACCAGCAGCCCCAGAACCUCAUCAUGGCCUCGCUUCCUGGGGUGAUGGCCAUUGGGCCUGGGGAGCCUGCCUCCCUCGGCCCCACGUUCACCAACACGGGUGCCUCCACCCUGGUCAUUGGCCUGGCCUCCACGCAGGCACAGAGCGUGCCGGUCAUCAACAGCAUGGGCAGCAGCCUGACCACCCUGCAGCCGGUCCAGUUCUCUCAGCCGCUGCACCCUUCCUACCAGCAGCCACUCAUGCCCCCUGUGCAGAGCCACGUGGCCCAGAGCCCCUUCAUGGCCACCAUGGCCCAGCUGCAGAGCCCCCACGCCCUCUAUAGCCACAAGCCUGAGGUGGCCCAGUACACCCACACGGGCCUGCUUCCGCAGACCAUGCUCAUCACCGACACCACCAACCUGAGCGCCCUCGCCAGCCUCACACCCACCAAGCAGGUCUUCACCACAGACACUGAGGCCUCCAGCGAGUCCGGGCUUCAUCCUCCGGUGUCACAGGCCACCACCAUCCACAUCCCCAGCCAGGACUCUGCGGGCAUCCAGCACCUGCAGCCUGCCCAUCGGCUCAGCACCAGCCCUACCGUGUCCUCCAGCAGCCUGGUGUUGUACCAGAGCUCCGACUCCUCCAAUGGGCACAGCCAUCUGCUGCCCUCGAACCACAGCGUCAUCGAGACCUUCAUCUCCACGCAGAUGGCCUCUUCCUCCCAGUAACCAUGGCAACCGCCUCCCGGAGGGGCUGGGCCCUGGGGCCUGCAUGGCCUGCUUGGGGGGUGACGAGGACAUUUGAGCCUAAGAAACUUUUGCUGCCACGGGGUUGCUGCCUUUCCCUGGAAAACGGUGCCUCGGUCCCCACCCUGGUCUGCUGGCGCCAGAAAGGGAGCAUUCUGAGGCACCCGCACCUGAGGGCUGCUUCCGUUGCACAAGAGGGGACCGUGGAGAGCUGGGAGGCAGAGCUUGUUCCUAGCAGGACACGGGAGGGACUGUCCCUGCUGCUCAGGUAAAUCUUGUCACUUGGAGCAGAAAGGGGCAGCCUUUGGACUCUGGCAGCCCCAGCCUGAAUCUGUGGAGAGCCCAGCAUCCCGAAGGAAACUCUGGCAGCCACACUUCUCAGGACACAAGCUUGCGUAGCUGUGAGUCGCUGAGCUCCGAGAGAGGCCCGAGAUCAACGUGAACCGUUCUGUCACCUAUGCCCCGACCAGGCCACUCCACUCUGCCCCCUUCCAGCUACUGAUCCACAUGCCCAUUUACACCCACCCGUCCCCCACUUGCCUAAGCUGUCCUCGUGGCUCCUCUGUGCCAGGACCUGGGCUCCCAUGCCAGCCCCAGGGGAGCUCAGGCUAACAAGGAGGGCACGCAGGGCUCUCCCAAUUUCCCUCGUCCUGAGCCAUCCCCUCUUCUCGGCCCCCACGACCUCCAGUUUUCUUGGACAUUCAUCUUCCUGAGCAUCACGCCUUCUUACGCCAGCCUGGCAUCUUGCCUCUACUGGGAAGCCCCCCCUCAGGGCCAGGAAGUUGUCCGUGCUCCUGCGGGAGCCUCGUGACUCUGUGCCUGGUGCUGAGCCCAGGUCUUGGGGCAGCAGCACCUCUGGCUUCUGGGGCCCUGCAGACCCUUCCCUGGUUUGGGGGAGAAGCUGCUGAGCUCAGAAGGCAGCAAGGCCUAAGCAGCCACAGAACUGAGGGACCCAGAGGGAGCAGAGCCACCUGUGACGCCUGGAAGCUUGGGAGCCCAGCUGGCUGUGGAUGGGGAGCCAGGCGGUCUGCAGCCACCCUGAGGAGCCCGAGGCCCUGAGCAGCACGGGGAGGGACAAGGCACCCGUAUCCUCUUCUCCCUGGGGCUGCCGCAGAUAACCCGGCCCUCAGUGGCCUACCUCCAUCCUGGGAUUGAGGAAGCGGCCAGGGGAGAACCAGUACCCACUGCAGCUGGCAGCCAGCUAAGGGCGCACCUGUACAUUUAUUUAACUUUCAGUAAAGUAAAUGAGGAACGUACUGGACACUUCUUGCUUGUCCACACACCACCCAGAGGGUGUUGGGCAGGCAGGGGGAGGCCAAGGUGGGCCAGGGGCCUGAGGAGAGAUGGGCCCCAGCACACACGUCACAGCGCCUGUCCUGCCCUGCUGAAUCUCUGAGGCCAGGUGGUGGAGCCAGAGUUUCACCUUAACCUUGAGCUUCUGCUCCUUCCUGCACAAGACCCCCUGGGGCACGGAACCC